AUGAGGGGAGAGAAUAAUCGUUCAGGUUAAAUACUUUAUUCUCGGGCUUGAAGUCGGACGGAUACAUUUCAUUACAUUUUUUUGCGUUCGUUCACACCAGAAAAACACUGGAUACGGUUAAGUAUUGGAUCGCUCUACACCGUCCUGGGUGAUAUGAUGCUGGUGCACUUCUUCACAUAGCCUACCUGAAACAAGGAAGCGCUAAAGGUGGUCAGAACUGAGGACUUGUAAAGAAAAAAAGCUAAACAGAAACACAACCGUCAGUGGAAUACUGGAUCCGAAAUUGCGGGUGAUUUUCACUUGAGCCAGCAUAUUGUCAGAAAUGUCAGAGUGAUACAGGCAUAUCAUGCAUUUGUUUAGUUGCGUUGGAUGAAUGCAGGUUAAACUGACAAGGACAGCAACCAAAAAUUAAAAUCUCAUACCAUAAAAUCUAAAGUAGUUGUAAAUAUAUCGUAGCUACAGUCGUAUCUGAAAUAUCCUACAGUUUAGCAGCGAUUCAAAUUCGUAUGUAACUUCGAAUGAAGAGUGUAGCUACAUAACUUAGCUACUAUCACUGAAAAAAAAUUACGUAAUUUAAACAAUAAACAAACACGUUUAAUGAAUAUAGGCUAAGUCUUAAAAUUAUACCAGGCUAUAAAACUAGAAAGCUGGUCACUUUCUGGUUUUAGUAUUUUAUUUUAAAUUAGGCCUGCUUUUAAUAUUUCGUAUUGACGAGCAACUAUUUGUGUAGAUAUAGCCUAAUUAUCUUACAUUUUUGCGCGGAGAAAAGCAUAUAUGCUGUCACUUUAGUGCAAUAUAUCGCUGGCCAUCUCAGGGAAGGUCCGCAUGUGAGCGCAAUAAGUAACUGUAAAUCAAUUAAUACUGGGAGUCUAUAAAUAUCGUAGUAUCGCUACAAUAUCGUUAUUUGUAGGCAACUGGGUAAAAUACACAGGGCAAGUUUUCCUCUCGUCGUGUAAGUAGUCGAAAGUAUUUUAACCAGUGAAAUAAACUCACACUGUAGGCUAAGUGUAGUUUCAGUUGUGCCUUCUGAAAAUAACACAUUUCAUCCUGAGAUUUACACGAGAUUUGUGUUAACAAGCGCAAAGCCAGCGUUUUUCUAUAUCAAAGAAAGAUAGGCUACCGUUUGUAAAAGUAUAGCCUAUUCAUCGUUUUUAAUUUGGUAGUAUAAAUGGGGUGGAAGUUGGUUACAGUAUUUAGUACAGUAUAAAAUACACAAAAACACUGUUUACUGCCUCUCAUACAGACACCGUGAGAUCUUCAACUUGUAAAGACUUCUCAUUAUUCUGUAGAGAACUGAGGACCAAAAUUCUUUUUUAAAUAAUAAUAAUCGUGCGCGAGAAAAAAAUACUGACCAAAGGUUUUAUAAAGCCACAACACUGAAACAUAUUCAGGCGUACGGUCAGAUAUUUUCUAACGGAUCGUAGAACACUAUAACUAAAAUGACCGACGGUCCAAGACAGCGAGGGAACGCGGCAUCCACGCCAGCCGGGGAUUCCUCUUCAGACACGGGAAAGGACUCUGGAGUGGCUCUGAAGAAAGAGAUCGGCCUCGUUAGCGCCUGCGGGAUCAUUGUGGGUAACAUCAUCGGGUCAGGGAUCUUCGUGAGCCCUAAGGGGGUGUUGGAGAAUGCCAGUUCGGUCGGGCUGGCCCUGAUCGUCUGGAUUGUCACCGGGAUCAUCACAGCCAUCGGGGCGCUAUGCUACGCCGAGCUGGGGGUCACCAUCCCCAAAUCCGGGGGUGACUACGCCUACGUCAAUGACAUCUUCGGAGGACUGGCGGGGUUCCUGCGACUCUGGAUUGCGGUGCUAGUGAUCUACCCAACCAAUCAGGCUGUGAUCGCCCUCACCUUCGCCAACUACAUCCUGCAGCCCCUAUUUCCCACCUGCUUUCCCCCAGAGAACGGACUCCGCCUGAUGGCAGCUGUGUGCCUACUGCUCCUGACCUGGGUGAACUGCUCCAGUGUGCGUUGGGCCACUCGCGUGCAGGACGUGUUCACAGCAGGGAAGCUGCUGGCCUUGGCGUUGAUCAUCAUCAUGGGCAUAGUACAGAUCUGCAAGGGGGAGUAUCACUGGCUGGAGCCUGCUCACGCGUUUGAGAGUUUUCAGGAGUAUGACGUGGGCCUGAUCGCCCUGGCCUUUUUGCAGGGCUCCUUUGCCUACGGCGGCUGGAACUUCCUGAAUUAUGUCACAGAGGAGCUGGUCGACCCAUACACGAACCUGCCCCGCGCCAUCUUCAUCUCCAUCCCCCUAGUGACGUUUGUUUAUGUGUUCGCCAACAUCGCCUACGUCACGGCCAUGAGCCCGCAGGAGCUCCUAGCCUCUAAUGCCGUUGCCGUGACUUUUGGUGAGAAGUUACUGGGAGUGAUGGCAUGGAUCAUGCCCAUCUCUGUGGCCCUUUCUACCUUCGGAGGGGUCAACGGAUCCCUCUUCACCUCAUCCCGGUUGUUCUUUGCAGGGGCGAGAGAGGGUCAUCUCCCCAGCCUGCUGGCCAUGAUCCAUGUCAAACGCUGCACACCCAUCCCUGCUCUCCUCUUCACAUGUGUGUCCACACUUCUGAUGCUGUGCACCAGUGACAUGUACACUCUCAUCAACUACGUGGGCUUCAUCAACUACCUCUUCUAUGGAGUCACUGUCGCCGGGCAGAUUGUGCUUCGCAUCAAGGAGCCUGAUAUGCAUAGACCAAUCAAGAUCAGCCUGGUGUGGCCAGUGAUCUACCUUCUCUUCUGGGCCUUCCUGCUCAUCUUCUCGCUGUACUCGGAGCCCGUGGUGUGCGGUAUCGGCCUGGCCAUCAUGCUCACUGGUGUGCCCGUCUACUUCCUGGGCGUGUACUGGGACAAAAAGCCCCAGUGCUUCAAUGCCUUCGUCGAUAAGAUGACGUACGUGGGACAAAAGUUCUGUGUUGUGGUGUAUCCUGCGGAGAAUGAGGGUGGAGACGCAGGCAACAAAGAAGAGAGUGAUGGUGGGAAGGAGGAGUGUGGAGCGCUAAAAUCAGAAGAGUGCUGAACACACACACAUGCACACACACACACACACACACACACACAACCACUCUGACUAGGCGAUAUCUUUAUGCUAAUUAAAUUCAAGAGAGGUACACACAUUCAAACAUGCACAUGUACACACACACACAAAAUAGUAGCUUGUUUUCUAAGCAACAUUUAUAACAAUCACAAGUGCAUCAUCAAACCAAGCUAAAGAAGAAAGUCAAUCGGGAGAGGAAAGAAUAAAUGUUUCGCACUGCCACACUUCCAAUGUAUGGACUGGUAUAAUCUUUCACCCCCACACACAGUAUGGUCGAAAUUCCAGCAUGGUUCCAACCUGGUUUUAAGCCUUGGUUUGGAGAUUGUCAAGCUGGUGAACAAGAUGGCUGAAAUAGCAACCAUGGGGGGCCUGCUUGGUACAGACAAUUAGACCCUCACCAAAUUCCAGAUGGUAUCCAGCUGGAGCAGAAUUUGGUUCUGGCUAGAUUCCAUCACCAAAUUCCAACCGGAAUUUCCACCAGGGCACUCCCUUUGUACUGUGACAGUUCCACUGACACCACUCCUCAUCAGGUGACAUCAUCAAAACCUUGCCUUCUUUUUUGUUAUGCCCCGCCUCUUCCUCAUAAGACUCCACCCACAUCAUCUCACAAGCACCAUGUGCUUCUUUUGCAUGGCACUGUGAAAUACCACAAACCAUCAAGUGACUGCUUUUACUUCUUUUUUUAAAUGUACUCAUCAAAUUGAGAAUUUCAUUUCAAUGGUAAUUUUUGUUGUUGUUACAGCGAAGCUAGUUUUCUGAUUCUUCACUCUUCAGUUUUCAGACAGCAAAAUUCAGAUUUCACAUUUCUUUUAAAUACACUCAAAGAGCUGUUUGUGUUUAUGUAUAACUGCAAUUCCAAAGUAGAUUUUUUUAAUUUUAAUAAUUAUUUUUAUUUUUUGUUGUCAUUAUUUUUGCUAUCGUUUUCUGUUUUUUUUGUUGUGUUAAAAACCAACAUGAAAACAGAGGUCUACUUUUUAUGCCUUCAGUAACGGAGGCAUAUGUUUUAGUCACAGGUGCGAGUCUUGGUUAGGUGCCUGUCAAAUUAUUUUUAUGUUCAGAAGUAGUCCCAGAUCUUUUUAAAUGCCUUAAUUAUUAUAUAAUCUGCUGGUAUUGCUAUUAUGAUUAUUGUUAUUGCUAAUGGAAGAUGAAUAAUUCCAAUGCUUUAUGAAGAAACAAUUUUUCAUGUUGUUUGAAAAACAUGCAGGUAGUAAUAUAAUAAAAUAUAGACUUUAUCAAAAAGCAGUCAAAAAGCAACUGACUUUGCUAAGGGAGGCAGACAAUCAGAUACACACACAGCCACUGAUUGACCAACAGACAGAACUCUACUAACUUGCCAUAAUUGCUGACAUCCAGGUAGAUUAAUAGAGAGGUGGCCAGAUAGCCAUACAGAGACUGAACACAUUAAUGUUUGCAGACAUACAGACAGGCUUAGUAGACCUAUAUUUAACUGUAUGUGUAGCUUAGAUAGAGGAGUAGAAGGAGUGUCCAAGAGUCCUCUGUUUAUGUAGAUGUUUCUGUCUGUACUGUACUAUACUGAACUUCUGUCUGUACUGUACUGUGACUGUACUGUACUGAAGUUGUGCACAUAUUCACUCCUUGAACUUAAUGGAGAAGUUUUAUUUUUAGGUAUGAACAUGCCAUUCCUAGAUACAUUCUUGUUAAGUGUUAUAUAAUGAUUAGCAAUGGCCUAAGGCCUGCUGUCUUAUAAUUAGCCACAGAGGUAUUGUUGGUAGUAUUUACACUCCCAAAAUAAAUAACUGUGCCAACGGGCAACUAUGCAGUAGCUCCUAAUCCAUCCUACACUCCAGAUCUUACACACCCUUCAUAUUCUGACAGCCUGAAAUUGAGGCGCAGAGCUACACUCGACGGUAUCCUACAAACCCAUUCAUACUGCCGCCAUUUUGUUUCAGCAGUGUGGCCCUUGCUAUGGUGUGGCCUACAUUACACUUCCUAUAGAGUGGCCUUUGUUGUAAUUAUAGGGUCCAACAGAGCCAUGGCACACAUAGAAUGGGGCUAACAAACAGCUAGUAUUAUGCUGUGCUACAAUGCCGUGUUCCGCCCGGCAUUCUUUGAAAUAACCUGACAGUGAAACACACUCACGCGCACGUACAAGCUAUUUUAACUCCCAGUCAAUCCAUGUAUGUAUGAUAGGCUGACAGCUCCUUGGUAUUGUGCACCUUGGAGGAAAGUAUUGAGAUGGUGGGCUAGGGAAGCCCUGAAGGGUUCCACUGUCUAUGCAUUAGGACUGAUGACCCCAUGGGUUGUGUGACCUCAUAAAGGGUCAGUGUGACCUCAUAAUAGAACACAGUGAAGUUUGAAAUGAACUGAUGUCUAUGAGAACUCUUUCAAUCAUUUCUGCACUGUACCCAUACAGAAUUGCUCUACACUGCCUGUUUGUUGUAUUAUAGUAUUCUAUGCCACACUAGUCUACUAAACAAUACCAAUUCCUUGCCUUGACACAGAAAUCAAAAUGCUGCUUGCCUGCUUCAAAAGACUGAAGCAGAAUUCAAAUGAUAAUAGAGCAUAUGCAUGUGAUGUGUGAAAAACCUGUGAAUCAGGUAAAAAAGGUAAAUUUUGAGAGCCAUGCAAAUCUGGGACAGUAAGCUUAUCGUCAAACAAUGACUGUGAUCCCAAAGGACAGUUUUUUUUUGUGUCACAGAUUUCAAAUAUGUGUAAUGUUUGUCUCUAUGGUGACUGCCUUGCUUUUCUAAGAGUUUAGUUUGACAAAUGGUGAGAAUGUGAUCGUCUAAUCAUUCAUGCCCAGAACACUCGCACACUCAAACUCUAAAACUUUAAAUUUAAGCGUGCUGUUUCUACAGGAGUACUCUUUUCUUUUAGAUUUUGUAUGAGUUUCCACAUGAAUGUAAAUAAAGAAGGAAAUAAAAAUCUACAUACCAAACGGA